AUGUUCGAAGUCCCUCCCAGCUCGAUUCUCAUCCGAAAUCUACCACAACAACAUGAGCUUGUCCAGCAAAGAGUAAAGACAGUUCCGGGACAAUCGAAGCCUCAGACAGUUUUCGAGACUCAGAAGAGGCCACAGAGAAAAAGAAAGGCCAGCCGUAUGUUUCAGCCGGUACCUAUAUGCUACGAAGAGGACCAACUGCGGAAACGAUUCUUCCAAGACCAUCCGUGGGAGCUUGCUCGACCACGAAUACUUGUCGAAACCACCGGAAAUGAUCAUGCAAAGUAUGACUGGUCGAAAUUACAGCAGCCUGGGAAGCAGCUGGAUGGUGAGAGUGUAAUCCAACGCCAAUUAUAUCUCCUGAACAAUGUUCCCGACAUUACCAAAGGCGAGGCCUACGAUAUUGCCCGCCGGGAAUUCUACAACUUGCGACUACAGGAGGACAUUGAGCGGAGGAUUGCGCAGGAAGAAGCUAUGGCCACGGGCGCGUACUUUGGCCCAGACAUGUUGACUACUGGAAUGGCUAUGGAAGACCAGAUGUAUGAGGUCUGGAGGGAAUGGGCGGAUAGAGAGUCGCAGCUAGCUUCGCAACGUACAGCGUCCUUCACGGGUGUUGCUCUCGAUGCUGAGCCGGCGGCCGAGGAGUUACUCGAGGCUGAGUCUGAUAUGGAGCAGCCAGAGCCUCCGCAGCCAUAA